AUGCCAUCUGAGAUCACCUACAAAGACAUUAUCCUUUACAAGACAGAAUGUUGCAGAAAUUGGGAGGAGAAGGGCCAUUGCAGAUAUGGUAAGCGAUGCCGUUAUGCUCAUGGUAGAGAAGAAUUGCGACCCAUCUUGAGAUCAAAUCAAUAUAAAACCAAGAUUUGUAAGGCGUACCAUGAUAACGGCAGCUGCUCAUACGGCAUUCGAUGUACCUUUAUCCAUCAAAUGAACGCCACUGACAGCAACCAUUUCAACUUGAUUCCACCCACCUCACCUACUUUAUUCAAUCCAUCCUUCCAAUCCGCCACUCAUCGUCCACAACACUAUGACCAUCAAAUGAAUACCAGAUGCCAGCAACCACAUCAACACAAUGAGCCUGAUUUGAACACAAAUAUGUUCAUUUCCAAGAACAUCAUGGAGGACAUCAUUGGCUUGUCUUCUUAUGAGCCUACAGAACAUUAG